GACACGACACUUGAGCCAUUUGGUCACAGCUCUUCCUUUUCUAUCGGAACCGUCAACGUUUGCAUCCGAUUCCAAAUUCCCCAAAUCCGUGGCUGAACAGCCUAGAAUUCAACGUUGAGAUGCCACGUUCCACAGUCCAACUGCCAUGAAAGCUUCCUUCGCUCUGAAUUCCGCCCCUCCCCUUGGUGCUCGCGUUUCCCGCAUCGCCAAGGAGGAAACCACCACGCCGACCGACCGUCCAAUAAAAACACACGCAGGAUCGCGCCGGCCGAUCAGAUCGAGCCAUCCGACCUGCCCCGCGUCCUCCGCGAAGCUUCCAUGAACCUGGAGCGCCUGCCGCCGGCGGGGCGCCUCGGCCACCACCCGUACGAGCGGAUGCCGCCGGACCCGGACCUGGACCCCGAGGGCGAGGCGCCGGCGCCCGAGGGACGGCCGGAGGUCCUGGCGGCGGCGGCGGCGGCGUCGCUCCGGGUGCCCGACGCGGCGCGGGUGUUCGACGAGCUCCCGCGCGCGUCCAUCGUCGCCGUGUCGCGUCCCGACGCCGGGGACAUCACGCCCAUGCUGCUGUCCUACACCAUCGAGGUCCACUACAAGCAGUUUAGAUGGCGUCUAUAUAAGAAAGCUUCAGAGGUUCUCUAUCUGCACUUUGCGUUGAAGAGGCGUGAAUUCCUUGAAGAAUUCCAUGAGAAGCAAGAACAGGUCAAAGAAUGGCUCCAAAAUUUGGGAAUUGGGGAGCAUAUGCCAGUAGUACAUGAUGAGGAUGAAGCAGACGAUGUGAAUGUUCCUCCACAAUCUGAUGAAAGCUCCAUUAGAAAUAGAAAUGUUCCUUCAAGUGCUGUUUUGCCUGUUAUCCGACCAGCUCUUGGACGUCAACACUCUAUUUCUGAUCGAGCUAAAGUUGCAAUGCAAGAAUAUUUGAACCAUUUCUUUGGGAACUUGGAUAUUGUCAAGUCACGGGAGGUUUGCAAGUUUUUGGAGGUUUCAUGUUUGUCAUUUUUACCUGAGUAUGGGCCCAAGCUAAAAGAAGACUAUGUUUCAGUUGGACACUUGCCAAAAAUUCAAAAGGACCGUAAAAAGAAAUGUUGUUCAUGCGGAUUGUUCAGCUGCUGCAAGAGCAACUGGCAAAAGGUCUGGGUUGUCCUGAAGCCAGGAUUCUUGGCUUUGCUUGAAGAUCCUUUUGAUCCAAAGCUUUUAGAUGUCAUUAUUUUUGAUGCAUUGCCACACAUGGAUAUAAAUGGAGAAGGGCAGAUCUCUCUAGCAAAAGAGAUUAAAGAACGGAACCCGUUGCAUUUUGGAUUCCAGGUAUCUUCUGGUGGUCGGACGAUAAAGCUACGUACUAGAAGCUCUACUAAAGUUAAGGACUGGGUUACUGCAAUAAAUGCUGCUCGACAACCUCCAGAGGGCUGGUGUUAUCCUCAUCGUUUUGGUUCAUUUGCACCACCAAGGGGUUUGAUGGAAGAUGGAAGUAUGGUGCAAUGGUUCAUAGAUGGGCAAGCUGCAUUCGAAGCUAUUGCCUCUUCCAUUGAGGAAGCUAAAUCAGAGAUAUUUAUUACUGGCUGGUGGCUCUGCCCAGAAUUGUAUCUUCGGCGCCCAUUCCAACAUCAUGGGUCAUCUAGGCUUGAUGCUUUACUGGAAGCAAGAGCUAAGCAGGGUGUACAGAUUUACAUUCUCUUGUACAAGGAAGUUGCUCUUGCAUUGAAAAUUAAUAGCUUGUACAGUAAACAAAGGCUACUUAACAUUCAUGAGAAUGUCAAAGUUCUGCGUUACCCUGAUCAUUUCUCAAGUGGUGUUUACUUGUGGUCGCACCAUGAGAAGAUUGUGAUUGUUGAUAAUCAAGUAUGUUAUAUUGGAGGUCUUGAUCUAUGCUUCGGUCGGUACGACAGUCCUGAACACAAAGUUACAGAUUAUCCUCCUGUGAUAUGGCCAGGGAGGGACUACUACAAUCCCAGGGAAUCUGAGCCAAAUUCUUGGGAGGACACAAUGAAAGAUGAGCUGGACCGUACUAAAUAUCCCCGCAUGCCUUGGCACGAUGUACAGUGUGCUAUCUAUGGUCCACCUUGUCGUGAUGUAGCGAGGCAUUUUGUUCAGCGCUGGAAUUAUGCAAAGAGGAACAAAGCUUUAAAUGAGCAAGCGAUUCCCUUACUGAUGCCUCAUCACCACAUGGUAAUUCCACAUUACAAGGGCAGAAGCAAAGAAGCAAAUGGUGAGGCUGAGGGUAAACAGUAUAAUGAUAAGGAUGUUGACGUUAGAAAGCCAGUCUCCUCGACAUCACGUGCAUCAUGCCAGGACGUUCCAUUGCUUUUACCUCAAGAGCUUGAACCUCAGGAAUUAUCCAAUGGGGAUUUAAAUGUGACUGAUUUAGACAUUAACCAUUCAGAUCACCUAAACAAAAAGAGCUUUAAUCAGCCUUUACUCAACCGAAAGGCAAAGUUGGAUUCUUCUCACCAGGAUUUACCUAUGAGAAGUUUUGUAGACAAUCUCAGUCCCCUUGAGCCGUCAUCUAUUAGACAUUUUGAUUCAUCAAAAGUGGAUAGGCAGCACAUGGACAAGAAAUGGUGGGAAAUGCAGGAGCGAGGAGACCAGGUUGCUUCAGUAUUUGACGUUGGACAAGUUAGUCCAAGGGCAACUUGUCGUUGUCAGGUUGUCAGGAGUGUUGGUCAGUGGUCAGCUGGGACCACUCACAUUGAAGGAAGCAUUCACAAUGCCUACUUUUCUCUAAUUGAAAAGGCAGAACACUUUGUAUACAUUGAGAAUCAAUUUUUCAUAUCGGGCCUAUCAGGAGAUGAUAUGAUUAAAAACCGUGUAUUGGAAGCAUUGUACAGGCGUAUACUUCGAGCUGAAAGAGAGAAAAGGCGCUUUAAGGCCAUCAUCAUCAUACCUCUUUUACCUGGUUUUCAGGGAGGCAUUGAUGAUGGUGGAGCUGCAUCAGUGAGGGCAAUUAUGCACUGGCAAUACCGGACUAUAUGUAGAGGCCCAAAUUCGAUUCUUCAGAAUCUGUUUGAUGUUAUUGGACCCAAAGCACAUGAUUACAUCUCCUUUCAUGGUCUUAGAUCCCAUGGCAAACUAUGUGAUGGGGGUCCCUUUGUUACUAAUCAGAUUUAUAUACAUAGCAAGUUGAUGAUAAUUGAUGACCGCAUCACAUUGAUAGGCUCAGCUAACAUAAAUGAUAGAAGCUUGCUUGGGUCAAGAGAUUCCGAGAUUGCUUUGGUCAUUGAAGACAAAGAAGUUGUUAAUUCCAAAAUGGAUGGAAGACCUUGGGAAGCUGGGAAAUUCUCUCUAAGUCUACGUCUCUCUCUUUGGGCGGAGCACCUUGGCCUUCAUCCAAGAGAGAAAGGGAUCAACAAUACAGCGGAGCUAAGCGUAGUUUUCAAUCUUCCAGGCGACACUACAGGCAAUCGGCGGAGAACACGCCCUAGAGUGCGCCAUCUUUUAUGAAGUCUUCAAAAUCUUCCCUGACCGAGCAACAUUGUUUGGGUAUAGCAAGUCUGAGUACAUGGAAUACUCAGCAAGUGUGGGAAAGUAUGACAUAGGGCUAAUAUCAAGAAUGGCUUAACUCAGGGGUUUGUUUGCAUAAAUGCUAUUUUAGUAGUAUAACAGUUAUAAAAUCAACAUAUUUACUCUGUGAAAGAUCUUUUAAAACUUAAGCUAAGGUUCCAACCACCUUACUCCUCAUUUGAGGUUCAAUACACCUGUAUCCAAUACCUAAGGUUGAAUCAUAGUUCCCGCCACUGUGAUCCACUCGAACCAACCAAAGACCAUCCAAACCAUCCGAAACCAUCCGACUAAUCAUGUGAGGAGUCCAUACCGCUCAUGAUCGUGAGUACGACUAAUAUAUCAAUUUUCACUCUGCAGAGGUCGUACAAUUUACUUACAAGACGUGUCUUCCUGUUUUGCCGAGUAAUUGUUAGCCGACGGAUGAUUCUUACACACUUCCGAGGUGUGCGCUAGGAAUCCACUGCAAAGUCUUUCCAACGCAUCUCUCAGCACGUGUCGACCGCUGAGGUUUCACCGCCGUACAUAAGUGGAGUACACUCCACCCCAGAAGCUUCCUUUUGCACCUUACGGUUCUAGGAAGUACACCCUUCCAUCCUUGCACCACCAAAUUAUCUCCACAAUGUUGAGAGAAUAGCGAAUUACUCGGUUAGGUCUGCCCCAUACCAGGCUUGUGGUUGUACUGUUUUUAUGGGUGAUCGCUCCACGAACUGGUUCUUAAUAUGAUCUGGGCAAGACCGCCAUCAACCAACACAGGAAGAUAAUCAAUUAUCCGAAUAGCCAACCGUCUUGCCUGGAACACAUCCACAGGCCAACCGACAUGCCAACUUGCAAAGACCCUACUUUCCAAGUCUAAGCAUUUUACCAACAUUAACAUCAUGUUCCACAUCAUUAAACAAUUUAUCAACCUACGCUAUCUAUGAGUAAGCACAACUAAGCAUAUUCUACCCAUAACAUGAUAAACGUUCUAGGCUACAAGGAAUAUUGGGGAAAAUACUAGUAAACCAUAAUCAUUUGAUAUCAUAUUUAACCAGCAUGCAAGUUGUAAAACAAAACUUUUAUAAAAAUAGACGCAAGAUGUUCAAGGACACUUGCCUUCUCCGAAGUGUUGCUCGAAACCACCGAAGCCUUGGUCUUGGAAAUUCUCGAAUGGCUCCGAGACAGGAUUGUCUACACGCGGAGAGAACAACACACUAAGAACAAGCGCCAAACAAAGCUAACAAAACAAACAAACACUAAUGCUAGCUAGGGUACGAUUUUAGGAAGAUUUGGGUGCAAGAAUCGUCCAAAUUGGAGCAACAACACGAAAACUACGGCUAAACGAAUUUUAAACUGCUAAAAACGAAGAAAACUAUUUUUAUGCAAUUGAACCUAAUUUUUAAAAAGCCUAAAAC